GCGAAGCAGCCGCGGAGAUGGAUGAUACAAGUGGUUUUGCAAUAGAUGUGGUGAGGCAAAUUUCAUACGGAAUGGAUCCUUCUUCACGAGAAGUAAUUUGUCGCUAAAACAGAUAGUGACCAUUAUGUAUGGAUUUGCCAAAGAUUUCACGCAACUACAAAUCAGGGAGGAAGCAAAGAUCAGUGCGAGAAGUGGAACAGAGAGGUUUGCACUACGUUUAUAGAGCAGCAUCCUGUAGAAAUUGGAGGAUUCAAUGAGGCCGGUCAACCGAUAACAGUGGAGAUAGAUGAGUCCUACUUCUUUCAUAGGAAGUACCACCGAGGCGCAUUUAGGCCAGGAAAAUGGGUAUUUGGAGGUAUCGAAAGAGGGAGUGGAACAGUUUUCAUAGGGCAACAAGGGAUGAGGAAACACUUCUGCCCAUUAUAUCCAGAAUGAUUUUACCAGGAACCAUAAUUAAUUCAGAUGGAUGGAGAGCAUAUGCUAAUAUCGGUCGCAUGGACGGUGGUGUAUAUGAACAUAGGGUUGUUGUUCAUCGGCAGCACUUUGUCGAUCCGGAUGACGACAGUGUUCAUACGCAGAGUAUCGAAAGUGUCGGGAUGCGGGCAAAGAAGAAGCUACGUAGGCAAUGCGGAACAUCUAGGGAACUUUUUCAAUUAUAUCUUGAUGAGUUUUUAUGGAGAGAACAUACAAAAAACAGUAACCAGUUCUCAGAGUUUUUGAUUUGCGUUAGGGAACAAUUUGUAGUGUAGUUAAAUUUAUUUAGUAUAGUAGU